AUGAUCGGCAACUCCGUUCCGGAGUACAUCUUCAUCCGCACCUCCAUCGCUGGCCUCCGUCUCAUAGCCCCUCUGAGUCUCGUCUACACAUUCGCCAACUGGCGGGAAGGCCGCUUUCUGUACUCUCCGUGGGCCGGAGCGUACGCGCUAGUUGAAGCAUGCUUCUACUUGUUUGUAUAUCUCCCGCGAUCCUUUCUGCUUCAGAAGGCUGCCACCCAUCCUCCUCCGCUCUCCCGCAAGGAGCGCGAAGCACUCUUCGGGAAGUGUUUCGUCUACAUCGCCCAGAUGAAUAUGGCCACCGGCUGGUUCUUCGGCGGCGAUGCUUCACUCAUCAAGCGCGAGAACAUGCGGGAUUGGCUCCUGUGGGCCCUCUUCGGUUGCAACCGCGACAGCGCACGGCCGGAAUGGGAUGAUGAAAUCGAGGGCUAUUUAGCAAUAUUGAACGAUUACAUGGGCAAGCCGCUGGAAGAUGGUUUGAGCGAGGCGGCCAGGUGUAUGCGUCUGACGCUGGACCCUGUUGCCAUGCUGCAUAGGCCGCUGGUUUGGUACGUGAUCGUGGGUCUACUCGAUACGGUGACUUGCAUUCGGUUGGCUCUCGCAGGGUUUAAACACUGCGACGCCGGGAACCCCUUUUCUUCCUUCCCUUUCCGGCUGUCGUCGUUCUUCUCGCAGCGCACCCCCGAGCCUUCCCUCGCGUACUGGUACCGACCUCAUCGCUCAAAGACCAAACAGCCUGUCGUUUUCCUUCACGGCAUCGGGAUCGGGCUCUGGCCCUACGUCACGUUCUUCCGCGAGCUAGCAGUCCAUGACCCGGACGUAGGCAUCAUCGCCGUCGAGAACCUCUCCAUUUGCAUGCGCAUCGCCCCGCCGCCUCUGCGACGCGCCGACAUGCUCGCUGCGCUCACGAAUGUGCUCCGGCACCACAACGUCUCCACUUUCGUCCUCGCCGCACACUCGUACGGCACCGUCCUCGCCGCGCACAUCCUCCGCGACCCCGCGCUCUCCCCGCGCGUCCCGCGCUCCGCGGCCGAGUGGCAGCUGUGGUACCUCGCGAGCCGCGACCCCGACAUCUCGCGCGCGCUCUCACGACACUUCUUCUGGACGGAGAACGUGCUCUGGAAGGAGGACCUCGAGGGCCGCGAGGUGGCGGUCGUGCUCUGUGGCCAGGACCAGAUCGUCGACUCGCGGGAGGUGAUGAAGUACCUUACGGGCACCGAGGAUGUGAAUCUUCGGUGGAGGAAGGACAGCCUAGAGGUGCUGUAUUACCCGGACCUGGACCAUUCGAACCAGUUCAACUCCAAGGACUGUAGACGGCCCAUGGUCGAGGUGUUGUCGAGGUUCGUGAAUAAUGGGCGCGCAAUAGAGCAGCGGUCGAAGCUGAAGGAGGCGUAA